UGGGUCUUCGUGCUGGGGAGACUGGUGUAGGCGGGGCGCGGCUGCCUUGGGUUCACUGUGCCCCAGGCCUGCUAAGAGGAGGGAAGGGUCUUGGAGUUACUAUCUGAGUGAUGUUUUUGAGUUGACGCCUAACACACAGAAGGUCACGCUGGCAGGGAGAGGCCGGCAAGCCCAUCUCUGACAGCGGGCUUCACAGUUCUUCCUGCCAAGCUAUAUUUGGAAGUGUGAUUAAAGCCCUACUUUCCAGGCUUACUGGUAGUCUUAGUUGUUUUCAGGUCAAGUUCAGUGGUCCUCCGCAGAGAUGCCGUUGGUAGAUGUGGAGAGGGCCUGGUGCAAAGAAGAGCGGCAGGUGCUCUGUCCAGGGCUCUCAGCCGUGAGCUAGUAAACCCGGGAGCUUCCUUCUCGUUUAGUCCUUGAGCUUAAGGAAAGGUGCUUAAACCAUUCCCCCGCCUGCUCCCCCCACCCCACACUUUUUUUUUCCUUCUGCUUUUGAUCUCAAAAUAACUAAUUCUCUUUGCUGCCGAAGUUUUAGGUAUUGUUAUCUGUUCACUUUUGUUCCAGGGUGCCUGGCACUAUGUGUUCCACUCUUGUGUUUUAGAAGGCUUUUUAGAUACGUAAGUUACAAAGUAUACUUCAUGCAUCAGACGCAUCAGAGAAGCUACAUAAGAUAGCCCUUUAAUAGAAUGCUAUUUUCUGUUGUUUUAGCAUGGCCUGUAUUUGCAUGGAGUCAUUGCAGUGGAAUCAGUGAUCAGCUAGGCUGCAGGAGAAUAUGCAUUUUCAACCUUUUGUCCCAUCACAGCUCUCCACACUACAAUAGUCAUUUCUCUUUGUAAAAAACAAGUAGGUCAGAGUUCGCCUUUUGGUUCUCCCUUGAGAUUAAUUGUAGCUUGUUGGCGAGGGGUCCAUGGAGCAUCAUCGUGGUGUGUGGUAUUCAUUAGUGUGGGUGGCUCCAGUGGCUUCUCUGGGGGGAUCUCUCUCCGUCUUCUUGGGUUGUCAUCCUCAGGCGCUUCUGUCUUAGGAGGAAUGCUCAGAUCAAAGUCCUCAGACAACAGUUGCAGCCCUCCUGCAGCUGGGGUCCUCUUUCCCACCGCUCCCCACAGAGACCUCUCCACCUGGGGUGCUGUGCCCCCUGCCCUGCCAUGUGCUUCCCUCAUUCCUGCCCUGCCUUUGAGUUGCCCACCCUUUCUUCAUACAUCCCAGUCCCUUUCUUUCUUCAAGACACAUCUCCUGACUCACUGCUAUAAAAUGUUUUCAGACAGAUGUUAUAAACAUCUCUGCCCGACAUCUAUCGGUGCAUCCCCUGUCCCACUGUCUUGUCUGCUUGUGGCAUAUCCUGGCCAUUUCUUAUUUGUUAGACCAUUGAGGGCUCCAGGGUGGUUGAAGUGCCAGGCUGGGAGGCAGUGGAGACCUCUUUCGAGGGUAGGGUCUGCCAUCGACUUCCUGUGAAACCCUGGGCAAGGUACUUUGGAUUUUCCUUGAAGCAAGAUUAAGGAAUUGAAUUAGCUCUCUGAAGUUUCUUUGAUCUCUAAAAUGUCUUCAGCAUGUGUCUAGAGGGUCUAAUCUGUUGCUUAUGAUAUAGUUACUCUUUAUGGGAAAUUAUUCGUUUAAAGCAGAGGGAGGAGAGAAUAUAUAGGUUUUUGUGGCCAUGUGAUAGUUUGUGAUACAUGAAUGUAGAUGUAACUUCUAUCUAUGUAGUAUCACAGAAUACUAGGAUAUACAAUGAAGUCUAUGUAAUUUGAAAAAAAUUCUAGAGUAAAACUUGCUUCUACUGUAGUUUUUGUAGGUGAAAAGGAACGAACUUUUCUUCCAGAGACUACAAAGCAGCUUUUUUUUCACAUUUGAGUGCCUCCAAAUACUAGUAUUAGUUACACGUUGCUUUUUCUGGAGGGAAACUUCAGGAUAUGGCACCUUUGAGUCAGAAAAUGGGUAAGAAGAGUCGAGUAAAAACGCAGAAAUCAGGCACUGGUGCUACGGCAAGCGUGUCCCCGAAGGAAACCUUGAACCUAACCAGUGAGCUGUUGCAGAAAUGCAGUAGUCCUGCCCCUGGCCCAGGAAAAGAAUGGGAAGAGUAUGUGCAGAUCCGGUCUCUAGUUGAGAAAAUACGAAAAAAACAAAAAGGUCUGUCUGUUACUUUUGAUGGAAAAAGAGAAGAUUACUUUCCUGAUCUAAUGAAAUGGGCCUCUGAAAAUGGAGCCUCUGUUGAGGGUUUUGAAAUGGUGAACUUCAAAGAAGAGGGCUUCGGUUUGAGAGCGACAAGAGAUAUCAAGGCAGAAGAAUUAUUUUUAUGGGUUCCACGAAAAUUACUAAUGACUGUUGAAUCUGCUAAAAAUUCAGUGCUGGGGCCCUUGUAUUCUCAAGACCGAAUUCUUCAAGCCAUGGGAAACAUCACACUGGCCUUUCAUCUGCUGUGUGAGCGAGCCGACCCUAACUCUUUCUGGCAGCCCUACAUUCAGACCCUCCCCAGCGAAUACGACACCCCUCUCUACUUCGAAGAGGAUGAGGUUCGCUACCUUCAGUCCACACAGGCCAUACAUGACGUCUUCAGCCAGUAUAAGAACACAGCACGGCAGUACGCCUACUUCUAUAAGGUCAUCCAGACCCAUCCUCAUGCCCACAAACUGCCCUUGAAGGAUUCUUUCACUUAUGAGGACUACAGGUGGGCGGUCUCUUCCGUUAUGACUCGACAAAACCAGAUUCCCACGGAGGAUGGUUCCCGGGUGACCCUGGCACUGAUUCCUCUGUGGGACAUGUGCAAUCACACCAACGGCCUGAUCACCACCGGCUACAACCUGGAGGACGACCGCUGUGAGUGUGUAGCCCUGCAGGACUUCCGGGCCGGAGAGCAGAUUUACAUUUUUUAUGGCACUCGGUCAAAUGCAGAGUUUGUGAUCCACAGUGGUUUUUUCUUUGACAAUAAUUCACACGACAGAGUGAAAAUAAAGCUUGGAGUGAGUAAAAGUGACAGGCUGUACGCCAUGAAGGCCGAGGUCCUGGCUCGCGCUGGCAUCCCAACCUCCAGUGUCUUUGCAUUGCAUUUUACGGAGCCACCCAUCUCUGCCCAACUUCUGGCUUUUCUCCGAGUCUUCUGCAUGACCGAAGAAGAAUUGAAAGAACAUUUGCUGGGAGAUAAUGCCAUUGACAGAAUCUUCACCUUGGGGAACUCUGAGUAUCCUGUUAGCUGGGACAAUGAGGUCAAACUGUGGACAUUUCUUGAAGAUCGAGCCUCACUUCUUUUAAAAACAUAUAAAACAACCAUUGAGGAAGAUAAGUCCUUCUUGAAAAACCAUGCCCUUUCCGUUCGUGCCACGAUGGCCAUCAAGUUGCGCUUAGGUGAGAAAGAGAUCUUGGAAAAAGCGGUCAAGAGCGCAGCCGCGAACCGAGAGCACUGCCGCAGGCAGGUGGAGGGGCACGCCCCGCUCCCCAAGUACGAGGAGAGUAACCCGGGGCUGCUGGAGGGCGUGGCGGACUCGCGGCUGCCCCUGGUCCUCAGGGACCCGGACGGGGAGGCCGGCGCACAGGAGGCCUUGACCCUCACUGAGGCUGUCCGCAGGGCAAAGGCUGCAGAGCACGGGCUGGUCAACGGCGAAAACUCUAUACCCAACGGGACCAGUUCGGAAAAGGAAAGUUUAAAUCAAGAGGAAAGUAAAAGAGCGACCGGAGACGCCAAAGAAUCUUCUUCCGACAGCGCCGAGGAAGUUGGAAAGUAGCUCUGAGUCUGUCGGGGGACCCAGUUUAGCAGAAGUGUAUGAACGGCCCCGUUUACAUCGCUGUGUUUCCUUGUUCACGGUUUUCUUUCUGCAGAGAGGAAAAUAUGUUUUUGCUGCUUUAUAUAAAAAUGAUUUUUUUAAGUUAUUUAAAAAAUCUAGCUUCCCUUUCUGAUUAAGAUUGCCAUCUUGCUUCUUGGCCAAACAAACAAGUUAUCGAGCAGAGCACAGAGGGGGAAGAGGUGCCUCGGAAGACUUUGCAGACCCAUUGCGGGCAAAUGUAUCUUCUUCCCGGGGAAGAAUUCAGUUCCUCUGUCAGCUGUGCUUUUGUGGGCCUGUCAUCUUGACAACCAGAAUCAAAGCCUGCCCUGCCUCCUGCCAGCGGGGCUUGACGGUGGCGCUCUGGGGGAAAACAGGCUUCAGGUUAGGAAACUUGAGAGGCUGGGCAAAAAAAAAAAAAGAAAAAAUUUUCCUAAAAAAAUAACACCCCAGUACCAAAAGAAAAGGUAAGGUGGCAACCUUAUUUUUAAUAGUUUUAAAUGUUGAUGAUAAUCCUAAUUAUAUAAACACACACACACACACACACACACACACACACACACAUCUAGUGAUUUCUAAAGAUUUGUUUACUUUUUGUGUUUUGUUUUACUGUAUUGAGAACUUGUCCUUUCUCCUUGAAUCCAAGUAGGACAUGCAUCCUCCUCCUAAUUUUAAAUGUUGGCUCUGAUUGUAAAGUGGUGCAUUUGCCCUCCAGCCCUGGUGCCGGGGAGCUGCGAGGGCACCAUGUUCAAGGCAAGGCCGCUCCUGGCUUCUCUGGUUGUCACAACAAGCUAGAGAUUUUCAAAGCUACACUUUUGAGUAAAAAGCCUUAUUAAAAGGAAAACGUAAUUAA